CUCAACAGUGAGCUAUUUACAAAACACCGUCAGGUUUUUGAACGGCUCUCUACGUGUGAAGGACUGGUUUCUCACGAGGUGCGCACAACGGAAUUAGACCCUUGGGAGAUUUUUACCCUCUUUUCUUAGACUGUCUUGCGCGUCACGUACAAAUCAAGUAGCGCACCAUUAAUGCCUUACAAAGCUAAUGCCACGCACUUUAUUUUAACGCCUUAUCUGCCCACUCAUCAUUCCCUACAGCUUCGGAGAUCUCCUUUUGUGUGUUAGGGGCCCUGGAGAAAUUCCAUAUCUGUUUGAAUAGCUUCUACAGAUUUCCAGAGUGUGUUCAUCAGAUAAGUAGCGUAGGCUUCAUUUUACUUGUAAAAAACUGUGAAUAGAGACUUCCGUUUGGUGAUGCACGCUAUUUCUUAACGUCUUGCACCGUUCGCCGAAUUUCCCAUUGAAUAUAAUGCCUUGACAAUGAAAUUCCUUUUACCUAUUAUUUCCUGUAGUUAUUGUUACGGGACUUAUUAAACCAUUGAAAUAUACGCCUCACUGUCAGUUUUGCGUUCUAUUUGCCUUAAGCAACACCUCUGUUCUCUUGAAGGUUUCUCGCGAGUUGGCACUUUGAAGAUGGAAGCUGUGACUCCUGAACAUAGAUGGAUUCAUCCGACAGUUAGUCAGCAACACGAAAGCGCUCAUGCAAGCGAGAGAAUGCAGCCAUCUGCCCCGAACUGCGCAGCAAACAACAUGAAUUUGGUUGAGACGAACCAACUUCUUCCACCAGACGAGGUCGACGUUUUCUUUCACCACCUCGACAGUUCGGGAAACGCAACAAAUUGGCCGUACGCUUCUGGCGGCCGAAGCUAUCGCCCGUCAAUGUGCCAAAUGGCUGCGCACGGUGCAACAGCUUUUCAAGAUCCUCAAAGCCAGUCUGGGCCUCAAGGAAGCUGUAGCCGGGUGUUCUUGCCAACGGCACGCGUUCCUCCCGGUCAGGUUUGUCGUCCUCACUUCCACACGCCGAUCCAGUGGAUCGAGAGCAAGCCAGCUCCUGGUCUGAUGUCGCACGGGUGUUCCACCGCAACUCCACCGUCAGUGUGGUGUUCUUCCUUCCAGCAGGGACAUCGACCGAGUCCUGUGCCUGUUUCAAUGCCACCUUCGGCGGUUUCAGGCUCCAUGUCGUUGUCUCACAGCUCCGCGCACUUGUUCCCUUUCCCUCCUACCCCGCCAAAGGAAAGCUCUGGUGAGAGCGGAGUCAUUGGGAGUGAAAUUUUCAGCUACGGUAGUGAAGAGAAGACGCGUUUGAAAGCCGGAAUGCCGCUUGUAUCCCCGAGACCUGACACAACACCUUUCGCAGGUUAUCCUUCACAAGCUCUCCCACAUUACGUUGGCUCAGAGCUAAAUAUGUCUUCUUUCGGUCCACUGCCUGGUUUGCCCGGGCUAAUGGCGAAUAGAAACUUUCCUAGAACGAGAACCAAGAGCCGAUCGAAUUCAGGUUAGUAAGGAUUUAGACCCGAGCAAACAAAAAUUAAUCGCCAAAAUCGAAUUAUCUCCAAAAUGCCACUUUCCCGGCGAGAUUAGCGUUACUUCCUUCCACAAAACUGCGGGAGUUGAAGUUUUUCCUCUCCGCAAAAUUUCGCUCUAGCCUCUACCUCUUUUAAUUAUGCCCUUAAAUAAAUCUAAUUACAAUGCGGUAAUUUUCACAGUUGAAACUUUUCUACUUGCGGCAUUCCAGCUUUCAGAGACUCUUUAGUAACCAUAUGAUGUAUGUACAUUUGUCGUUUUCGUAUUUAUGCUCUGUAGUUCAGAUUAUGUAUGGUAACCACUUCGCAAAUUUUUGGUGGACAGUUUCAACAGAUUACGGGCCAAACGUCUAAACUCUCGCUACAUCUUCCGUUUUCGACUUUCGUGAUCGCGUGUAGAAUUCCUGAUUUUUCACAAAGCGAACGGAGCUUUUGUUGUACGGAACGGCUGUUUGUAAGACAGUUAACAAGUUUUAGCCGAUCAAAGAGGACGAGAAGUAUUACACUAUAUGUUGUCUUUAAGGAUGACCUUUGGGGAAAGCUGUUUACUCUGAGCAACACGAUUCUAUCUGAUAUGGCCAAACGCGCACAAAUGUAAAACCUGGUGCAAUAUUUGUUUUAGUUAUCGGUUCAUUUUUUAAUUUCUCGCGAGUGGUUACCAUAGAGGAGGGUAGAAAACUUCGAAACGCGGAAAUUCGUCAAGCUCGACAACUGAUCUUGGCUUCUUCGUCUUUCUAAAUCAGCCGAUGGGCGCGAAUGUGUCAACUGUGGGGCUACUUCAACUCCUUUAUGGCGGAGAGAUGGUGGCGGUCAUUACUUGUGCAACGCCUGUGGUUUGUACCAUAAAAUGAACGGAGCCAGCCGGCCGCUUAUUAAACCUAAACGAAGAUUGGUGAGUAGCGCGAUGUGUUUUCCAGCAAAAAGAAGAGAAAAUGGAGACACGAGUUUUUUUUUUAAAUGACAAUUUGCGCGCGUCCUAGUCAAAACCUCUUCAUUUUGUUGGUAGUAAAAUAAGCUAAUUUUCAAAUUGUCGCAUCUCAGAUUUGGUGGCCGACAUUUUCAUGAUAGAUUUUCAACCGUUGACAGAAGAGAGUGUGAAAAUUCUCAAAGCGCUUUCGAAAUUAAUUGCUAACCAAAAGACGAGGGAAAUUUGACGCGUGCAAGCCUAUGUGAAAUUUUCUGAGGGUUAGAAAAUUUUUAAUUUUACUUAUCUUAGAGUUCUUCAUCAUGGGAGAUUUGAUUAAAAUUUUAAGGCGAUGCGUAAUUUGCCAAUUAGAGCUUUCGUGUCCUUUUUCACUUAUUAAAAUCGAGCUCUUUUACGACCAGACUCUGUGUAAAGUACAUCAAACGCGUAACUGCAACUUGUCAACGCCUUUAAUGGAACCCUUGACAAGAUGCCUCAAGACAAGGCUUACAGCCUUGGAGUUUUUUUACCACGCUUCAGCAAAUGGGUUUCCUCACAGCUUCCAUUUCAUACUUUCAUGGAUUGUGAAUUUUUCUUUUCUAACUAUAAAUUGCGUUUUUUUUUUCGAACAGUCGGCAGCCCGCAGAGCUGGAACAUCGUGUGCUAAUUGCCAUACUACUCAAACGACAUUGUGGCGACGAAACCAAAAUGGGGAUCCUGUCUGUAACGCUUGUGGACUUUACUGGAAAUUACACGCGGUAAGUUGAAAAUCGCGCGCGUGUGUUCACGCGGCUAGGGAACACUUUACACGUCUCGUGUUUGAGAAAAAGGGAUUUCUUGUGGAAAAGAAAAGCGUCGAGAUGGACGUAAUAAGCAUAAAAGAUAAGAUGUCCCUGAUAACCGCAGGCUGCUUGAUUCUGUUUAUCACACACACCAUCAGAAAUUCAUUUAUCCUUAAUGGCUUAGAAACGAUAAACAAACAGAAUUUAAGAACGUCAAGAAAAGCGAAUUUCCUUCGGUUUAGAUAAGAAAGUUCCGAGUGCAAUCGUUCAAAUUUUCGAUUUCAAUUAAUUUUUUUCUUCAUCCAUGCCAGCCGUUUGCGUUUGGGGAAGUAAAAUUCUAAAUGGUAAUGCAAAUUUGUCUCUCGAACCAAUUGUAUGCCUCUCUCUCUCUGUCUCUCCUCUCUCCGUGGAGUAUUCGAUGAGACAGUGCCCAGCUGUUGCAGAAGCCGUUAUGUGGGAUGAUUAUAUUUUAUUACAAAGCUCAUCAAUUAGUCUUUAGCAAAGUUGGGGUAAUUUCAUCUCAAUAUCCGGUUGAGUUAUUUUGAGUAAAAGCUUAAUGUGUGAUGCAUUUUUGGCUUCCGAUCCUUUUUUUUUAUUAUUUUCUGGCAAGCUUGUAAAUGUUUUAACAUGUCCGAUGAAGUUUGUUUGGUUUCGUGUGCCAGAAGUAUUUCACAUGGCUAGCUCCAAGCAAAUAGAGGGGCUUUUUUUUGUUUUGCAUUGUGUACAUUCGUAAUUUCACAAAAACACGGCUGCGACACCUUUUCAAUGGUUCAAAGCUGGACUUUCCAUGCUAAUCAAUCUUAAUGUAUUAAUCUUUAAUGACUUGUGUGUCCGUUAAACACCAGAAAACUCGUAUUUCCUGCGUUAAUUUAAUUGUCAGAACAGAAGCCUUCUGGUAGAAGGAGACCCUUUGUUUUUCUGCCUAAAGUUUGAACUCAAAAGAUCAAGUUGUCUCUUAUAUCGAAUUAAUAGCUUCCUUUUCAUACGCUAAGGCGAAUUGGAUUCGGUUCUAUUUCCUGUGCAUUUCGCGGAUAAUGAGAGUUUAAUAUUUGUUAUGUUAUCUGGCUUUCAUAGAAACAAAUGUCUAAAAUUUUAAGCUUUCAAAUAAACGCCAACUCUGUAAUUGUGGUUUCAAAAAAUACUUUUGUGUGAUUGUUUAUUAGGUAAUCAAACUCGCUUCCUUAAAUUUUUUGUACUGUGGUGAGCCUUUUUUUAUUUCUCGCGUUGUCCUAACAUAUAAUGAGUUACUUGCAUGAAUUUUUAAUUGGCGAAAUUGUACUGUUCUUUAUCACCCGUUUGAGAGUUGAUUCCAGAAUACACGAACGCUUUAACAGCGACCCGCUCCAUUGGGAAGCUCGACAUCUAUUUUCUAAUGUAAAAUCGUGAUUUAGAAUCUCGCUUUAAUACUCUGAAAAGUAAAACGGUUCUUCUAUGGUCAACCUAAGAUGCUUGGUAUUUUAAACCAAAGACCACCUGCCUACCUCCUUUUGUAUUUUGUUUAAAUCGCCGCGGUAAAUGCAGUCUGAAAACGUAUGGCUUGCCAUGUCAAGAAAAAAGGCCUCUUUGUUUCACAAGAGCGCGGCCUACGACAUGAAAGAAAGAAAUUCAGUGAAUUACAAUCGGUUGCCUCGAAACGAUUUGAACUCUAGACGAUUCUUUUCGGCACAUUUUCUGUUCUUCUUGCUGUUUUCGCGAUUGUCAUGUAAUAUUCCGUUUUACUAAAAAAAAAAGCGCAUUCACAAACAAAAGAGCAGAAAAAAAAAGAAAAUUGCCAGCAAGCGGGAAAUGACCAUUGAUACUAGCGCGUGUUUAAACCUACAAAUUUCGCCUAUUGAAAGCAAAUUAAGUUGUUGGGUGUAAACGUCAGGAAAAUAAGGCAGAUUAAAGAAAUCUUUACCGCAAUUGAAGUUUGAUGAAAAACGAGACUUUACGCUGUCAGGCUUUUGAAUUUUUCUCUGUUCUCCACUUCAUACUCUAAUCCAAUUUCCGUUCCUAAUGGAUGAGAAUAUAGAGUGCUUUCACAGGCUUUCACAAGUCACGACAGUUAUCCGAUUUUGCAUGUAGGGUUUUCAUUACGUUCUUUUUUCCCUCGAGAUAUUUUUCAUUGAUCUCGCUUGAUCGAGCAGAAUUUCGAUCACCGAUUCUUAAGCUUGUUCAUAUUUAACGUAAUUUUCGGCUCUAAGCAUCGUGUCGUUGAGAUCUUUCGAGGUUAAACACUAUAGGCUAAAUCGCGGGUGAUAAUUAAUUUAACAUAUUGUGGAUCGUUCCCAAAGUCAAAUUUCUUGGGAAUAGUUGACACAAGGGAUUAGUGGUCGUUCAUCUUCAUUCUGUAAUUACUCGGAAAUUAGGAAAUAAUUUUUGUAUUUCUUUCCUUUGGAAGGUGAACCGCCCGCUCUCGAUGAAGAAAGACGGUAUACAAACAAGGAACAGAAAAGUUUCUUCCAAAAACAAGAACAAGUCCAAGGGAGUGAAACAAGAACAGAAACACGGCAGCGAAGAGAAGCUUAUGAGUCAUGGCAGAGACUCCAUGCCAAGCAUCAGUCAAGGGAGUUCGGCAUCUUCCAUGAUAAGUCCUGUCAUAAGUCCUACGAUUCAUACACCGACGGCAUUUUCAAGGCCAUCCAUGACAGGAAUUCCGACGCUUCACCCAGGUCUUUAUGGACCGCUUAUUCCGACUGCUACCACCAAUCCGUCAAGUUAUUUAUCAGCACCUCCGUCUGUAUCGAUAAACGCUUCGUAGGACAUUACGGAAAGACUUAGCAGAUUCUUUAAAGGGACCUUUAAACGUUUGAAGCGAGAAUAACAUUUGGAACUGACUAGCAAGUUCGCUUCAGAGGAAAACUUUUUAACCGUUAUUUGGUCGGCACGCCCGCUAGCCCGUUCCAAGUUAUAAUACAAACUCUCACCUAUAUCUUAACAUAAAUCAAUCAGUGAACUUUCGUCCACGUAAAGGCCGAGGGAAAAAGAAAAGGAGAAACAGGUACAAUUUAAAUUGAAACGAAGCGUACCUUAGCCGAAAUAUGCUCUGUCUUGGGUUUCAAUUCACGCGCUGGAAUAGCCUCGCGAGAAUUUAAGGAACUGAAAAGUUGCUUCGCAAACGAUCUUGAAAGGAGAACCGCUUGUACAAAAUGCAAUGAUAUUCUUGAUGAUAUUCUUUUUAGGGUUAUGGACAGUUUAAAUAUUGUACAAGGCUUUGAUAAGAUUAGGUGUUAGGAUGGAGAAUUUUAACUUUCUUACAGAUAAAGCCGCCCUGCCUCUGCUCACUGAGACGAUAAAAGUUCUCAUAUUUGAUUUCAUGAUAUUUGUGUAUAAUUAAAAGCUUUAUCGAAUACUCGUAUAUCGCUCCUUGUCUCAAGGUUCGAAAAAUCUGUGAGAUAUGAGACCGUAUCGCCCCAAAGAGAAGAUAUUCGUUGUAAAUAUUAAACUCGAGAAAAUACUGAAUGAAUUCAUGCAGGUUGUGUUAUCAGGCGGUACUGAUGUCUUCCAUAGGCUAUUCUGUUUAUCGUCAAGAAAGAUUCUGUGAUAUCUUUACUUGAUGUUAAGUUCUUUUUAUCGUAUCGUAGUUUCUUUAUUAGUAUAAUAGUUUUUAGUUGAAUUACAAAAUUUCUAGUUAUUUCCAAGUCUUCUUUACCUUAACCUGUAUGAAUAUCUUUUACUCUGUGAAUCGUAUUAAGACGAUAAAGAAAAACAUUAAAAUAUUAUAUAUAUCUAUAUAAAUAUAUGAACAUUCAAGAUGAAAACAAGGGAGAAAGAAGAAGAAUAAAGCAAAAUGUCCACAGAAAAAUGUCUGAGGUUACUGCUUUUAUUUUGAAGUAACUUAAUUACUGAAAACCGUGUUUUGGUUUUUGAGGAUGAAACGUCAGCCGAAAACUGAAAACUCUUUCAGAAAUCAAAGCGUGUUCGUCAUGAUAUCUUCAACUAGAUUGUGCUUUUAGCAGAAACGGAAACAAAACCAAACUCAAGGUGUAAAUUAGCCCUAAUAUUUCUAAUUAGAACGUUGAAAAUCUCUUGACAUAAACCAUGUCAAAUGUACGUCUGUAUCACUGUAAUUUCUUCUGUGUUCGAACUGCGGGCAACUUAAAAAAACUGUGGAAGGGAAAAGUCAGUGGCAUGUUAUUAAGCUAUUCCAAUCGACUUGUUCCUUUUAACAGCUUCGGGGCUUUAUUCUUAAUAAUGGUCUAACUGGCGAUAUAAACAGAAGCUAUAAUCACCUUUAAACGAG